AGGCACACAUACGUACAUACUUGUGACGUGUAAAGCCACGCCUUCUCUGUAUAGAAAAACGGUAAGAGGGGUGUGUCAACUCACCUUCUUGUGUCCCAAUGCUGUCAAGAGUGCUCAUAUCCCUGGUUAUCCCUGACCUCUUGCUACACAUAUUAAUCCAACGAUCAUAAACACUGUUUGGCUACUGCCACGUCGCCCGGAUAGGGUAGCCAUGGCAGAUGUACUGGAGGUGGACCAUCACCUUUAUCCUACUGGGAGCACCCCCCUUCAUUUAGCAGCUAAUAACAAUGACACAAAGACUCUAGCACAGCUCUUGCAUUCGUACUACAACCUUGCCGAUCGCAUCAACCUAAUUGAUGGAAAUGGCCGAACUCCUCUUGUUGUUGCACUGAAAAAUGGACGCAUGGAGGCUGCUGUUUUGUUAAUUGAAGCUGGAGCUGACGUGAAAGUUUCUUAUCUGAAAGACAAUAAAACUGUUAUCGAUGUGUUAAGUACAGAAAGUUGCUUUCUUCCGAUUGUAAGCAGGCUGGCUGAAUUAUGUGUUCUCGAUUGUCUAACUCCUGCUGCAGUAGCUCCAUGGUUACAUUCCUUAGCAUAUGAAUGCACAGAGACAGAGUUGAACAAAAUUGACACUAUUCUGACAGCUUUCCCAAGCUUGGUUGAUGCUAAGGAUAACCUUGGAUGUACACCGUUGCACUAUGCUGCGACUAGUGGGGCUCUAAACACAGUAUUACUAAUUCUCAAGUUCACUCCUGAUCUCAAAACCAGAAAUCCUUAUGGAAACACCGCACUGCAUUUAGCGUGUGAAAAAGGCCACUUGAUCAUCGUUAAAACCAUCCUUAGUCAAGGAGAGGAGCCACAUUCGCUAUUGAGAAUCAAAAAUCAACUGGAACGUACACCUCUACAUAUAGCCAUGUACUCAAAGCAGCUUGUAACUGUACAAUACAUUAUUGAGGAAUGCAAGUCUUCCAUUGAUAUUUCACUCAGGGACACUGAUGGACACACAGUCUCCACAUUACUGUUUACUUUGCGUUUCUCUGUGGGACUUGAUUUAGAGGAAACGUUAUCGAUCCCGUGUCUAACUGUAGAUGAAGCCACCUGGUUGCUACAUGAGUGUGUGUGGUGUGAGAAUGUGGCAGGCAUUGCAUCUUCCAUAACACAAGGGGCGAUUGUAAACAGCUUUGAUUUCAUGCAGCAAACACCGCUAUUGGUGGCUAGCCAGCUCGGAAAUGUCAGGGCAUGUAGAGCCCUUAUAGAGGGUGGGGCUAAUCCAAACGUCUAUGAUGAAUCCUCAAAGACCCCCCUCCACUAUGCAUGCAAGUGUGAACGAGAAGACGUCUUCAAAUACUUGCUCUCUCUGAAGAAUAUUGAUCUUAAGCUCUUUUAUCAAACGUAUGAUGACCCACUCACCUUAGAACAAAUUGAAAGCUUGCUUUACUACUACAGAUACUCCAAGUCCCCACAGUUACCUGAUUGUUGGUUGGACUGGCUCGUUCUAGCCGCUUCAAAUCAACUAAUUGCUCCCAAUACCUUCACUGCAUUUGCACAAGAAAUUUACCGCGGAUCCCACCUUGUUGCUAAAAUACGAGAGCAUAAGGUAUCAAUACCAACGGACAGAAAGGAUAUCAAUAUCUCUAUUGAUGAGGCGUUAAAAACUGAGGUGUCGACUUAUCCAGUGCUGUCAUAUCUGAACCAGAAGGCUCUCCCAGUUUUAAUGAGGAGGUGCAGUUCUGUACGUGGUUACCCCCUGGAGCCAAUGCGAGAUAUUAUGAAGCAGCAGAAACCGACCACUCACCCUUCAAGAUCGCCUCCAUUCACAUUCGGGAAGUUCAAACAGACCAGUACCAGAAAACGUCCACGAAACAUUGGUUAUUUCGGUCCUAGAAACACUCUUAAUUCGUUCCAGGGCAACAAGCUAAUCUCCUUUUUUCAUUGCCUACUAGUUCACAAAAACUUCAAAGUAUUUGAAUGGACCCUCACUGAAGCUUUACAUAGAUUCCCAGACUGUGUAGACUUCAUGUUUCCCCAAGGGAAGGAUCACCAAAGAUCUUUGUUGUUGGACUUGAUUGGAAAAUAUUUUGAGGAACUGGAAAGCUGUCUGGAGUCACUGGGUGUUGUUAAGGUGAUCAAGACUCGGCUUAUGGAGAAGACCCCCCAAAAGUUUUGCAUGGAGCAAGCUCUCCUGCUGUACCUAAUUUCAGGUUCUAUCAGUUACUACUAUGCCAAUCGGGUCGAAGUUGUUGAACGGCAACCCUUUCCCUCUUGGCCUCUAUGGUUCAUAGAUCUUCGGUGCAGAUGGUAUUUCCAAUCUCUUGGGUGGGAAGGUCAUGUGAAUUUCUCCACCGAUGAAGACAGAGAACAGCUAGCAGCAUUCUUACUGGAGAGGUCUGACUUGGGUGCCAAAUCUACACUUGACCCCGCCUUUCUGCUUGAAGCCGUACAGAAGAACUGUGUGUGGGGUGUGCAGUUGCUGCUGAAGCACGGGGCGUCGCCCCUUCCCCACAGCAAGAACAGGUAUCCACUGGUACAAGCAGUCAAACGCUGCCAAACUCCCAUUAUCAAUGCCCUCUUGGAUGCUUGGUCACGUGAAUCGCACAUGACUGAGGACUUUCUGUCUUCCCUCCUCGCUUCACUACCUGUUCUAGCCACUCAUGUAAAAGCAGCUACAAUCGAGAAAAUUCUGACAACCUUGUCCUUGAAAGAAAACAAUCAACUAUGGCUAUUGAGUUUUAGGCAUGUUUCAAGACUACUAUAUCUUUUGCUUCUCUCUCCGUCGAAUGAAUGUGUUGAGCUUGGAAAGUCACUCGUAGAAGAUACAAUGCGCUUCCUCUGUCACUAUGUCCUUCACUAUAAGAGUCUUCAAGAAGUCAGUCUCUACAAAGGUUUCAAUAGUAAUGUACAUCGACAUCUUUCUAGUCUCAAUGUCAUCUUACAAGUUGCUCAGAGAGUUCACAAACAAUUCUUCAAAGAUUGUGUUAUGUUUAUUACCAUCUGUAUUGACAAUAGAUCUUCUAUCGGUGAUGUAUUUGGCAUCGCCUGUAGGAGGGGAAUGUAUCCCAUGCUAGAAUUUGUUUUAAAUCACACCACAUCUUCUUAUGUAGAAUUCCUGAGGCUAAAUUCCAGCGUUGAAAUAAAUGCUUUGUACAAUGCUGCUUGUAGUGGUGAUUACAACACGAUUAAACUAUUAGUUGACUUGGGAUUCAAUCUUAUACCUUCCAGAGAGCCACCUCUGUAUGGGUACAUUCACUCUUUAGUUAAGUUGAAGCUCACUUGUCCUCACCAAGUUUCAGUUUGUCGUUCCACACAAUGUCAAAUUCACAGCAACACAGCUCUCAAGAGACAAGAAACAUUGAUUGAUAUUUUCCUUCCGAGUAAAGAAUACUUGUUCGAGGUUUUACCAUCUUCUCCCAAAUUUCCAUUUCCAGAAUUAGCUCAGGUUUUAAACUUAAAGAUUGCCAAGCGUAUUCUGAUGGAUAUAUUUGCAGUGUACAAAUGUGAUAUGUCUUUAGCAAGCCAGGUAUGUUGGGUGAAAGAAGUUGUACUUUCUUUUGCUGUUGAAGCCAUACGUCUAUCAGUCCGGGACUUGGUGCCUUUACUUGAUAAACUACUCGCCAGUGUACUACCAGAGACUAUUGCUUAUAAUAUCCAUACCUGUAUGUUUGCUGCCAAAGCCGGAUUGUGGAGUUACUGUAUUCAGGUUAUCAAAAACUGUACAAUACAGCCCCCUGAUAUUAACCUAAUUCAUGCUAUUACUAAAAGAGGUAAAGUUGAUAUACUGAGACUGUUGUACACCAAGAGCGGACUGCGUGGAUGGAUGCACACAAAGACAUUGGAGCUUAUUGAAAUAGCUGUGUGGAAUAAGCACACCGAUUGCGUAUUGUUUUUGCUCCGUCAGCUAGAUACCACUCAUGAAAAAGCGUUAACAGCUAUUGUUAAGUCCGGAGAUGAAGCAUGCUUUGAUGCAGCCAUCAGAUUAGUUAUGUCCUCUCACCCGGGUGCUGUAGAAGGUAACCUAUUGAUGUUUCUCACUGCAGCCACAAUGUACAAUAGAAGUGCAUUAACCAAGAAGAUCAUACAACAGUAUAAUAAGCUUGGUAGUUUCGAAAGUUCGACAGAUGACAAGCAUUUUAAUGUCACCAUGACCAUUCUUGAAGCAGCAGUGAGGUAUGGACUUACUAAUGUAGCUUUGCAUGCUUUGGAAUCCUUACCAUAUCAUCUCAUAGAGAAACUCAAAACUGACGACAGAUUCCACAGCAUUCUCUGCUGGUCCUGCUACUGGGGAAUGGUGGAAUUGCUACGGAGACUGCCAUUCACAAGUGCACGGCUGCUACACAGAGAUGGAGAACAGAAUCUUUCACCCUGGGAGUGUGCACUAGCUCAUGGUCAUGUCGGGAAGAUCUCCUACCUAGACAAUGCCCCAACUCUAGCUGAAGCUUGGAAAGAAAGUUUGGACAAAGCUAAUCCAGCCGGCUUUAAAGUAGAACAUUUAUUGAUCGGUUCUUUUGAUGCCUUGAUCACUGUUAACAAGAACGUAGACAAUGGCGAAUCAACCAACUUUAAACGCUUUGAAAGUCCUUUUUCCCGACAGAUACAGCAGACAAUUACGUUCUAUGGUCGAUACACAAUAAUGGCUGUACUACCGACGAUGUAUCUCAAAUCAACUUACAUGCUAAACCCACAAACAUGUAUAGCUCUAGUAAAAUGCUUGGGUAGGUAUGCUGGAGAGUUUUUUUGCCGCAGGAUGGUCAACGUACUGGAUCCAGUUAAAGUAAUUAGUGACGAAGCUUUUGAGAUUCUUCUCGAUGCCAUGGCAGAAACCAAUCAUCUUCAAAAGUAUUUUGAUAAAGUUGGUGUAGAGAAUUGUGAGUGCUUUGUCAAACUUGUGCUUCAAGGUUCUGUCAGAAGAGUAAAAGCUCUACUCAAUCGUGGGAUAGACAUUUUGAAAUACGAUAGCGAUUGCCACUCCAGAACAUCAGGCUCUAUCCUUCAUGCAGCUGUUCGAACUAGAAAUGCAGAAAUGGUGGCACUGAUUCUCAAUCUGUAUAGUGACAAACCUCAUGAAGCCUGUCUUCAAGAAAACUCUGAAAAAGAGUGCUCUCUGUAUCUAGCCUUUGCCCUUGGUGCUGGAGAAGUACUUCAGAAAACAUCUUUGGUGAAAAAAGCUGCACAAGAAGAAGACGUAUCUGUGUCACGGUGGAGAAUGGAAAGUAUCAAUGCACGUGGGUGGUUCCAUCUAAUGAUGACUAGAAAUGAACAUUCGACGAAUAGUACUGGUGCUCGAUGUAACUUCGUGUUUAACAUUCGGGAAGUGAAAAUUGAGAAACUGUUGAUAACGGCAAUGAAGUACAGGAACAUCAAUGUGGUUAAGUCAGUGGUUGCAGCAACAGGAAAUGUGGUCCAGCGCAAUUCUUAUGACCUUGCGUAUCUUUCAGUGGAGGGUGGUAGUGAUUUCUAUGGUGAAGUAGAAUGUCCAAUAGGAAAUUUGAAGAAUGAUUUGUUAGAUUUCACAACUGAUCUAACCAAACAAUGUUCCAACGAUGAGCAAGUGUUGUUAUUCAUCAAGUAUCGUGAUUUCGCCACCAGUCAAGAAGUUUUGAACAUUUUUCAUACUUCUUGCUGUUUGAACAGAUACAAAGUUGUUUGUCAGCUACUUGAACAACGGGCUGUCAAGGAAACAGUCAGAUCAGCUCUUUCUGUGAGGGGUGCACUAGAGGAAGGACUUUUACUAGCAAUCGCCUCGGGCAACUACAACACAGCUGUCCAUCUUAGUCUUGAGACUGGUCUAACAUACGAAUCCAUAGACGUUGAAAUUAAUCCGGUUGCCAAGUGUGUCCCUGAGCUAUCGAAGCUCAUUUUUUCACACGUCAGUUAUUAUAAUCUUUUGGAAAAGUUCUACAAGUCUAUGUGUGAAUGUGAAGGGAAUCUAUCAUUGGCUGCAUCAUGGCUUGCUCACAACUGGACACCGUCCGAAAGCCUACUCAUUGUCAAACAACUUGGUAACACUAGCUACGCUCCAUCCAAUCCGUGGCUUCUUCAACUUUCAGCAAAAGAUGGGACCCGAUCAAGAGAAGUGUUAUUGACUGUGGACUGGGAUUCUUUCUCCGAGUGUUUUCUGUCCACUCCUCUGCCUGAUUGUCAGGACAAGCACCGCUACACACCUGUGUUGGUUGAGGCUGUAGUCUUCUCUCCUACAGUUCUAGGUCAGAUAUGCGGUCAUACUGGCAGUAACCGAGAAUAUGAGCAAUUGUCGCUCCUCUCAGACCUUGAGCAAAUUUCUAAUCUAAUAGUGACCGCUCAAGUGUGGCCAGCCGUUCCUUCAUUCAAGGUCUAUGGAGAUCAGGGUACGCUUACACUCUCUUACAAGCCUAGCGAUGGGGCUAUUUUGUUCCCCUCUAUGGACAAAAUUGACAAUAGUGAUAUUCAGUCUUCCUUUGAUAGUUCUGCUGUCAGUAUAUAUAGUGGAUCACCAAAGGACGUGACAGACUUGUGUCAAUUUUUCAAAAGGCAACUCAAAAAGGUUAUUUCGAACAGUUUAAAAGUUACUGUCUCUUGUGAUUAUGACUUCACAAUUGCUGACCAUGGCUCUGCUAUCACUCAAGCUUUGGACGACUGCGUCAACGUUUUGAGUUUAGUGCAAAGUCCCCAUGUACUGUAUGCGAGCUUACACCCUGGAAAGCAAUAUAAAAAACUUCAAUGUUUCAGUGGAACGUCCCCGUUUUUGAACAGACUAGAAGUGCACCUCGUUUCUUCCGACAGAUACAACUUAUCUUGUGUGUCAGUUGUCAGACAAGACAGGACCUUGAAGAUUAGUAUCUCUGUUAUCGACAAGUAUGAAGAAGAUGAUCCUGUGAACCCAAACUCUUUCUAUGAGUUGUUAUUUGAAGGACUGGUGGAGUGUUUGCUUGAUACAGAAAGAGAGGCGUGUGUAUGUCUUGUCAAAGAAUUUGUAUCUAAUAAAAUUUUACCUAAUCUGACUCAUUCUUUGAAGAUGGGAAGACUGGAUGAAGGGUUUGUAUCACUUGGAGUACAAGACAGCGAAGAUACUUUAACAGUACAUACGCUUCAAGACCUCAGUAAAAUCUCUCUUCCACAAAUCAAGAACUUCGUCAAAAUGACCACCUUCGUCAACUCGUUUUCAAAGUUAAUGCAGGUGCUAACCUUGAAGCCCAGACUAGCCAGAGCUAUAUUCAACGGUGGGCUCAAAGGUAUUUUAACUGAAAGAGAAGCCACCGGUUUUACUACUAAAGGAGGAUACUCAAUUCUCAAACUCUCUGCUACAGACCUGCAAACAAGGGCUCUGAGUGACAAUAUGAUUGUUGUAUUUCAAUCUGUAAUAUCAGCUGCUUCAAAAACAAAAACUCAACAAAACACUAUCGAAUUUCCACCACCCAACGUACCAGCUCCAUUCAGAUGUCAUAUUGAUAUUUCGAAGAGUCCUGGGUUCCAGUUUCCAAGUGAAGGCAUGUGCAAUACAAUCAGAGUGCAACUUGUUAGCUACAAUGGUAGACCUCUCACCUCCUCCCCCACCAUCCAAUGUAUCUUGAACAUGACGAUAAAAGACAGUAACUCUAAGCUAAUAACUGCUAGCUCGUCCACAGAUCCCCACUUUAAAACAGCUUCGAAGGAUCUUCUUAUUAAUUUGAAGCCUGAAGGAAUCUUUAAAAUUCAGUGGACACCACGAAGCCAAGGUAUCCAUGAUAUUUCAAUCAGAUUGAACAAUAAUCCAAUUGAAGGUUCCCCGUUCAAAGCAUACAGCUGCUCUUAUCCCAUGCCUGGGUAUCGUCAGACAAUUGCAGGACAACCACUAGUUUUUGUUGCUUCCCACUCAAGCCAUUGUUGUCAGAGGAAUGUGUUUCCAUCUAUCAAGGUUCCCAACAAACCCUCUAUUGUGCCCAUGUGUCUUAAGGCUGUACAGCCGCUCCUGGAGGUAAGCAAAAGAAACAUGGAAGUUGAAGCAGCUACUGGUUGUGUCAAAAAACUACGACGCCAACACACAAAAACUGGUCACCAGACGUCAUCCAAUGAUGAGUCUCAAAUGCACUACAUUAGCAUGGCUCUUAAACAUGGUGGUCUCUCGCAAUGGCUACUUAAAGAGGACAAAAAUGUCAUGGUCUUGGCCUGUCUUGACUCUAAGAUGGGUAAGACAAUCGAACAGAAGAUAAGACAUUCUCUCAGGAUGUCGUGCGUUAGGCUUUCCAAUGGGAGGUCCGUGGUCGUUUUAAAAAUGAGAAACGCUUGUGUGCUCAAAGUGUACGUUGCUUGUGCAUUAUGCCACACUGUCCUGACAACUCAAUGGAUAGAUCAUGUGUCCGCUGACCCCACCACCUGUUAUAUUGUUCCUGGUCCAUUGUGUACAGCAACAAGCACAGUGACUAAUAAUGACAAGGAAGUGCUUGGUAACAUAUGCUCCUUCCGAGCAGGUGAUGAUAUAUCACUCAAAAUCACGGCUCGAGACGACUACGGAAAUACUCACAACUCAGGUGGUGCCAUUACGAGUGCUGAAAUCAGACCUGUUGCAAAUACCUCCCACCCUGACCAGCAAUAUCCUCUGAGCCACCAACAUUUGGUUGAAAAUCCAACAAACAUUGCGUGUCAUGUACAAGACAAUAAUGACGGCACUUACAUGAUAAAAGCAAGAGUCACCAUACAAGGACUGUAUAACUUGUGCAUUAAUAACAAGGUGUUUAGUUCUGUCAAGGUAAAUAGUGGGAACCCUUAUCCCGACAACUUUCAACUUCUUCAGAGUAAUACAUACGAACUUUCAGUAUCAGAGCGUGUCCCAUGUAUGAUUGCAAUGUAUGAUCAAUAUUUCAACCCCUGCCCCUUCAAAGGAUGGCAACUACGCAUAAAAGGAGAAGUAAUGAUGGAGAGUUUCUACGCUGAAUGUAGUCCUCUACCCCAACGAGAAUCUCAACCAGAAAAUGUGUUUUGCUUCGAUGUCUUUGCCAAUGAAAAAGGCUCGCUUCAAUUUAAAAUUUCCUUCUGUAAUGAGCAGCUUCCCUUCUGUCCAAUAGAGUACACUGUACUCAAAGUAGUCCAAGAAAGUCUAAGCAGCCGAGUUUGCAAGCUGCAGCUCUAUCUUACUCGGCUGUACGGUAGUACCAAGACCCCCACCUUUACCGUACACAGAGACAACCUACUAGAGAGCAGCAUGAGUGUGUUUGUUGUUCACCCAGACUAUUUCCAAAACCAUUUGAGAGUGCGGUUUGGGGCGGAGCCUGGAAUAGACACUGGAGGCGUUGCAAGAGAGUUCUUCCAACUCCUCUCUCAGCAGCUGGUGGACCCGCAAUAUGCUCUCUUCCAGAAUAUCAAUGGCUUUUACAAGCCCUGUCAACUGUCAUCCAUCGACCCCCACCAUCUCACUUUCUUCCAGUUCUUUGGCAAGAUACUAGGAAGGGCUAUUUGCGAUGGUCACCAGAUCCCAGUGCGGUUUACACCCUCUGUCUACAAGUCCCUCCUCAAGCAGAAGUGUUCCCUUGACGACUUAAAACUGGAGGACCCUACACUCCACACGAGUCUCUUGACAAUUCUGAACAGUGAAAGUGAGGAGGUUCUUCAAGAACUGGCAGUAACUUUUACCGCUCAGAGGAGCCAUUUUGGGGCCCUGCAUACAGAGGCACUGGAGGAGGGAGGGGAGGACAAAAAUGUCACUAUGGAGAAUCGGGAGGAGUUUGUUGACAAACUCUGCAACUGGCAUCUACAUAAGUGCAUCAAUGGACAGCUGACGGCCAUGAGGGACGGGCUUCAUCACGUGAUCAUUCAUGAACAAUUGGUCACAUUCUCCGCCCAUGAACUGGAAGUCAUCCUGAGUGGCCAGCCAGAGGUGGACAUCAAUUUUAUUCGCUCAAGAACCACCUACAGUGGGUAUUCCCCUAACCACAACGUUGUCCAAUGGCUGUGGGAUGUUCUGGAGAGAUUCUCUCGGGAACAGAGGUGCAAGUUCCUUCAAUUCACUACGGGUUGCUCCUGUCUACCGUCUGCUGACAUGGGCCAGUGGAGCUUCAGAGUUCAGAGGGGAUUUACUGGUCCCAAUUCGCUCCCUCAAGCUGCUACAUGCUUUAACUCCAUCUCUUUGCCCGAAUACGAGAGUAAAAAAGGUCUCAAGGAGAAACUUGAAUUAGCAAUAAUGUAUGGCCAGCAAACUUUCCUCUUACACUGAUUACACGUUCAAACUGCUGAGCUUCAUUUCAAAUUUUUCUAUUAUUAGUUUUGAGAUCAAUUCAUAAUCAUAGUAUUAGGAUCAUAGUAGUAUUAGUAAGUUAUAACUUUAAUUUCCAUCAAACAUG